GGGUUGUGUUGAGGAGAUCUCCAGGGACUUCAGGAUCACUCCAGGGUUCUUUUGAGGAGAUCCCUGUGGGCUGAAGGAACUUUGGGAUCACUCCAGGGUUGUUUUGAGAUCUCCAGGGACUUUGGGAUUACUCCAGGGUUGUUUUGAGGAGAUUUCAGGGAUUGAAGGACUUUGGGAUCACUCCAGGGUUGUUUUGAGAAGAUCCCUGUGGGCUGAAGGAACUUUGGGAUCACUCCAGGGUUGUUUUGAGCAGAUCCCUGUAGGGUGAAUGAAUUUGCUUCCACCUCAUCUCUAUUUCCCGGCGUCUCUCCGUGAUCCCGGCCCCUGAUCCCGUUUUUCCCCCUCCGGCAGCGCGUGUUCCCCUACAUCUCGGCCAUGGUCAACAACGGCUCACUGACCUACGACCACGACCGCGACGGGCGGCCCACGGAGCUGGGCGGCUGCACGGCCAUGGUGCGCAACCUCAACCACGACACCUUCCUGGUCAUCCGCUACGUCAAGAGGAGGCUGACGGUUCUGAUCGACAUCGACGGCAAACACGAGUGGCGGGAUUGCAUCGACGUUCCGGGCGUGCGCCUGCCCCGCGGUUACUACUUCGGGACAUCGUCCGUCACCGGGGACCUCUCAGACAACCACGACAUCAUCUCUCUGAAGCUGUACCAGCUGACGGUGGAGCGGACGCCGGAGGAGGAGAAGCGGGAUCGGGAAGUUUUCCUGCCCGUGGUGGAUAACCUGAGGCUGCCGGGGAUGGAGGCGCCGCUGGAGCCCAUGAGCGGCCUGGCCCUGUUCCUCAUCGUCUUCUUCUCGCUGGUGGCCCUCGUCUUCGCCAUCGUCAUCGGCAUCAUCGUCUACAACAAGUGGCAGGAGCAGAGCCGCAAACACUUCUACUGAAGGCCGGGAUUCCGGCGGAGCCCCCGGGAUUCCGGCGGGGAGAGACUUUCCCGGUGUUUUUUUCCCGGGAACGGGCCGGGGUUUUUUGUUUGGAGUUUUCCCGGCGGGACGAGCCGCGGGAGCCGCUCGGCGCCGCCCCCGUUCCCCCCCAGCAUGUGGCUGCUGCUCCUCCUGCAUGUGGCGGCUCCCGGAUUCCCGGGGGAUUCCCGGGGGAUUCCCGGGGGAUUCCCGGGAAAAUCCUGAG